UGGAGCUUGAACCCACUGACGUAGUCCCGGGUAGGGACUCCAUCGGCUGCUGGUCCUGCCCCUCCCCCGAUGCCCACCCCUAUCGUAAAGCCGCUGCCUGCUCCCCGCCUCCUCGGCCUGUCCCGGGGAGGGGAAGGGGCGGGCAGCGCAGGGGGUGUGACAGCUCGCGCCCGGACCAGUGCCAGCUGCAGCUUCGCUUGAACGCCCUGUGCCAGCUGGCUCUUACAUCUGGGACGGAGGCGGAGGCUCGGAGUUCUUAGUCUUUGGGGAGGGGUGGGGGCUCCCUCACGCCCCCAGCCCUCUAUUCACCCAGGACUAACCCCAUCUGCCUAGCCCUGCAUCUUGCUACUCCGGUCAACCUGUCCGGCUAGGGGCUGGCCCUUCGCUGCCGCCAGGGACUCGCGCUCAUACCGCUCCUGGAUUCCCGGGUGGAGCUGCCCUGGAGCACUCCAGGGAUCCUGCAGCCUCUUGCUAAGGGCGAGCACCGCGGUGUGAGCUGGAGAAGAAACAUGAAGGUCAGCUGGCCAGGUGAGAACCACUGGCAGGUGGGCCCAGCUGUGGUGGAGAGUCCAGCUGUGGGGGCACCGCAGGUGGGAGGUCUGCCAGACGUGGUUCCGGAGGGCACGCUGCUCAAUAUGGUGCUGAAGAGAAUGCACCGUCCCCGCUGCUGCUCUUACCAGCUAGUGUUCGAGCACCGGCGCCCCAGCUGCAUCCAGGGACUACGCUGGACACCACUUACCAACAGCGAGGGCUCCCUGGAUUUCAGAGUGAGCCUGGAGCAGGCCACCACAGAGCAUGUGCACAAGGCAGGGAAGCUCUUACAUCAUCAUCUCUUGGCCACGUACCCUACCCUCAUCCGAGACAGAAAAUACCAUCUGCGACUCUAUCGGCAGUGCUGCUCUGGCCGGGAGCUUGUAGAUGGGAUCUUGGCUCUAGGGCUUGGAGUUCACUCACGGAGCCAAGCCGUGGGCAUCUGCCAGGUGUUGCUGGAUGAGGGUGCCCUUUGCCAUGUAAAACAUGACUGGACCUUCCAGGACCGAGAUGCCCAAUUCUACAGGUUUCCUGGACCGGAGCCCGAGCCUGCAGGAACUCACGACGUGGAAGAGGAGCUUGUUGAAGCGAUGGCCCUCCUGUCGCAGCGAGGGCCUGAUGCCCUACUCUCUGUGGCACUCCGGAAGCCCCCAGGUCAGCGUACGGAUGAAGAACUGGACCUCAUCUUCGAGGAGCUAUUGCAUAUCAAGGCGGUGGCCCACCUUUCUAACUCAGUGAAGCGGGAACUAGCUGCUGUUUUGCUCUUUGAGCCGCACAGCAAGGCAGGGACUGUGUUGUUCAGCCAGGGGGACAAGGGUACCUCGUGGUACAUUAUCUGGAAGGGAUCUGUCAAUGUGGUGACCCAUGGCAAGGGGCUGGUGACCACCUUGCAUGAGGGAGAUGACUUUGGACAGCUGGCUCUGGUGAACGAUGCACCUCGGGCAGCCACCAUCAUCCUUCGAGAAAAUAAUUGUCAUUUUCUGCGUGUGGACAAGCAGGACUUCAACCGCAUCAUCAAGGAUGUGGAAGCAAAAACCAUGAGACUGGAAGAACACGGCAAAGUGGUGCUGGUUCUGGAGAGAACCUCUCAGGGUUCUGGCCCUUCCCGCCCCCCGACCCCAGGCAGGAACCGGUAUACGGUGAUGUCUGGCACCCCAGAGAAAAUCCUAGAACUCCUGUUAGAGGCUAUGAGACCGGAUUCCAGUGCUCAUGAUCCAACAGAGACGUUCCUCAGUGACUUCCUGCUGACCCACAGUGUCUUCAUGCCCAGCACCCAGCUCUUCACCGCCCUCCUGCACCACUUCCAUGUGGAGCCGGCAGACCCUGCUGGAGGUAGCGAGCAGGAACGCAGCACCUACAUCUGCAACAAGAGGCAGCAGAUCCUGCGGCUGGUCGGCCGGUGGGUGGCCCUGUACAGCCCCAUGCUCCACUCAGAUCCCGUGGCCACCAGCUUCCUCCAGAAACUCUCAGACCUGGUGAGCAGAGACGCCCGGCUUAGCAACUCGCUGAGGGAACAUUAUCCAGAGAGACGGCGACACCACAGGCUGGAGAACGGCUGUGGGAAUGUAUCUCCUCAGACCAAGGCCCGGAAUGCACCUGUUUGGCUCCCUAACCUGGAGGAACCCCUCCCAAGCAGCGCUGGUGCCAUCAGAGUUGGGGACAAAGUCCCCUACGACAUCUGCAGACCUGACCACUCGGUGCUGACCCUGCACCUGCCAGUGACGGCUUCCGUGAGAGAAGUGAUGGCAGCUUUGGCCCAUGAGGACCACUGGACCAAGGGGCAGGCGCUGGUGAAGGUCAAUUCUGCGGGUGAUGUCGUUGGCUUGCAGCCAGAUGCCCGCGGUGUGGCCACAUCCCUGGGGCUCAACGAGCGGCUCUUUGUUGUCGACCCACAGGAAGUGCAUGAGCUGACCCCACACCCUGAGCAGCUGGGGCCCACUCUGGGUUCUUCUGAGAUGUUGGACCUCGUGAGUGCCAAGGACCUGGCAGGCCAGCUGACCGACCAUGACUGGAACCUCUUCAACAGGAUCCACCAGGUGGAGCUGAUCCAUUAUGUACUGGGCCCCCAGCACCUGCGGGAUGUCACCACCGCAAACCUGGAGCGUUUCAUGCGCCGCUUCAAUGAGCUGCAGUACUGGGUGGCCACGGAGCUCUGUCUCUGUCCUGUUCCUGGGCCCCGGGCUCAGUUACUCCGGAAGUUCAUCAAGCUGGCAGCCCACCUCAAGGAGCAGAAGAAUCUCAACUCUUUCUUUGCCGUCAUGUUUGGCCUCAGCAACUCGGCCAUCAGUCGCCUGGCCCAUACCUGGGAGCGUCUGCCCCAUAAAGUACGGAAGCUGUACUCGGCCCUGGAAAGGUUGCUGGACCCUUCCUGGAACCACCGAGUGUACCGAUUGGCUCUCACUAAGCUUUCCCCUCCUGUCAUCCCCUUCAUGCCCCUACUACUCAAAGACAUGACCUUCAUCCAUGAGGGAAACCACACACUGGUAGAGAAGAACCUCAUCAACUUUGAGAAGAUGAGGAUGAUGGCCAGAGCAGUGCGGAUGCUCCAUCACUGCCGAAGCCACAGCACCGCACCUCUAUCACCCCUCAGAAGCAGAGUUUCCCACAUCCACGAGGACAGCCAGGGAUCAAGGAUCUCCACGUGUUCUGAGCAGUCCCUGAGCACCCGGAGUCCAGCCAGCACUUGGGCUUACGUCCAGCAGCUGAAGGUCAUUGACAACCAGCGGGAACUGUCCCGCCUCUCCCGGGAGCUGGAACCAUGAGGAGGGACUGGCUGGAGCAGGCGCUUCUCUCAGAGCCUGUGCAACCAAGAGGUCUAGAGGCCAGCCACAGCUGGGCAGGGCUCUCCACAGAGCGGACUCAAGGCCCUGGAGUGGGCAGUGUCGAGGCAGCUGUCCCUGUGAUGACUGUCAGCUAUGGAGCUCUUUGAUGUUCACAGCCAAGAAAAAGGGGGACAUCGAGGCCCUGCAGUGGGUCGGAGAACCGGGAGAUACAGGGACUCUGGAUCAGUAGAGAGCCCUCCCACCGGGCCUUCUGCAUGUCUGUACGUCUGUACGUGCAGCUGUGCCAUCCAGCGGUCGCCAGGCCCAGUGCUUGUUUUCACAGGGGCCAGCGAGCUCACGUCUCUGAGGUGUGUGUGAGCCCUGGGUGGGGCCCUGCCUUGGAGAGCAUGGGGAAUUCUGCUUUUCUCUCCACACAUCUGAGAUAAACAGCCGGGUGUAGGCAGGGCCGUUGCCUAGAGUGGCGGUCCCUGCGGAGUUGUAUUCUUCCCAUAAAUUAACAAAGAUAUGUGUGUUCUA